AUGCCGUCCAUUUUGACCGAGUUGUUAACAUCGCCUCACCACCCAGACAUCUUCGCACUCGACCGCAGCCGCUCAAUCGACCAAGACACGGUGCCUACGAAUGACCAGUCCGACGACCUCCUCCCCGUUGACGACUCCGUCAACAGCGACUACUUCUCCGACUUCUUUGACGUCGACCGUGUUGCCAACAUAGAGACCGCCAACGCUUACAGUAACGACGUCCUUGGCGACGAGGACGACGACGAAGAUAUCCUCUCACGGCAUCCUCCCGCCCGUCGCCAACCGGUGAGCAGUGGGCAGCUAGCACAGCCUGCCUCGCAACCAGUACCCAGAGCGAGCAGGCCUCAGCUCUCCUUCAGCAGCCAAAGGAAUCAGCCAAGAGGCGACAAACACGUCCUCGAUCGACGACGAAAUAUCGGCACAUCUGCGGCCGCUUUGCCACAUCUGACUCCUCAGUCGUUCAAUCACGCUGACUCAGCCAUUCACAUUGAAGACGACGACGACGACGACCUCCACCUCUUAGGACAAGGCGACUUCUCUUCUCCGUCCAUCCUCAAUGACACACCGCUACAAGGAACACCUUUGCGCGUAUCCGAACGAAUAAAUCUCAGCCCCGACGACGACACCAUGCCACAGACAAGAAGCCGGGCCGCGUCACAGGCUGUUGCUGCAGCGGCCCCGUUCCCUCUGCCGUUACCAGGGGACCCGAUUGUACCCUCAACAGCGACGCCCACGCCCUCGUGGUCACGAACUAGGGCCGGAUUUAACGCCCUGCCCUCGCCUACCGCCGUUACGACAACAUCGUCCGCGCCCCGCUCGUCAGCGAAGAGACGACGAAGCAAUGACCCCGGGGUAGGGUCGUCCAGCACCGGUUUGCCCCCAAUGGCCAUGAUCCUGGCGUCGGUUGGGACCAGCAGUGGCAGUGCAAACGGCGACAGUCAAGCCAGCAGCAGUAGCAGCAGUACCGGUAACAACACCACCGGCCAGUCCACCCGGUCACGCAUUUCGCCCAAACGGCCACGAGUCAACGAACCGAUCAUACUCGACGAUGACCUAUUUGGCUCUGACGACGACGACAACGGUGGUGUGGAGAUGGUCAACCUAGUCGAUAUCGACCGGCCACAAACGGUCGGCGUAAAAGACGAAAUUGUGGAGGCAACGGAAGGGCAGGAGACCGAGGGGGCCGCAGGGCGCUUGGGCGAGGCCCAGCCGGAGAAGAAGAACCUCAUAAAGCUGUCGGGUCUGCAGUGCGUCAUCUGCAUGGACGACAUGACCGACAUGACGGUCACACACUGUGGGCACCUCUUCUGCGGCGAGUGUCUCUUCUCCUCUCUUCAUUCAACCGAGCAGCGCAUAUGUCCCAUCUGCCGCUCGAAAAUUGAGAUGCGGGCACCACACAUGUCGACCGCUAAGAUGGCGCGCACGUAUUAUCCACUCCAGCUGAAGUUGCGGCCGCGAAAACCGGCGUAA